UUUCUUCUAUAGAUAAAUUAUCAUGAGAGUUUCUAUUUACUCUGUAUUGGCAGGCAACAUAGGAGGACAUUGCUUCCUGAGCAAAAUACCCUUGGAAACUCUCUAUUCGUCCUGGAAGAAAUAUCCAAAUAUGGGCUUGGGAGAGAGAGCAACUUCAGUCUCUCUCGUUGAAAUGCAGCCUUACUUUUUACAGCUAAAGUGUAUAAUGAGUGAGCAGUGUGUCGAGAUUCAGGUUCCCAGAAACCCCCUCACCUCGAGCUCACCACAGCAAGUCCAAGUCACCAUAUCUGCACAAGAGGUUGGAGCAACGGAAAAUCCUCCUUAUCGUUCUUCAUUUUCAUUUAAUGACUUCCCUGCCUCUUCGGUAGUGUUGCCAAUUAACAGGUUGAGAAAAGGACAAGUUGCUUUCAAUUACAGAUAUUAUAACAACAAACUACAGAAAACUGAAGUAACUGGAGACUUCACUUGUCCAAUCUGCUCAGUAAAAUGUGCCAGUUUUAAGGGCCUGGAGUGUCACAUGCCAUCAACCCAUGAUCUCUUCAAUUUCGAAUUUUGGGUAAAUGAAAAAUAUCCGGCUGUAAAUGUGUCUCUCAAGAGUGAGGUAACGUUCACCGAGACUAAUAAGGGCGACCCUAACGCAAGGCUGGAACCAUACCCUUUCUCCUCAAUGAAAUCCAGCCGUAGGAAGCAGAAGACUCCGGUAAGGAACCCAAGGCCGAGGCCAAUUAAGACUGACGAUGCUGCUGACUCUGUUAAAAGUGAGAAGAGCCAAACAGUUCCUCCAGGAAUGGGUCCUGCAGACUUGCAAAUGAUGAACAUGUGGAACUCUUUUAUGAAGAAGCACCGAGUUAUCACAGGUGGUUGCAUCGCAUGUGGAUGUGAGGCGUUCUCAAAACUACACGGACCCUUCUUGGUCCGAAAUCUGGACUUGCUCUGGUGCUGGAAAAAGUAUAUCUGGACACUGAAGAUUUAUGGGCGCCUUGACGCCCAAACCUUGAACAACUGUAUGGUGCUUUUCGAACAGCUUGCAAAUUGAAGACCCAGAAGCCUUUAUUUUAAGUUUAAAAAACUCUAAAUAAUAGAAAAAGGAUAUGAGAGUAGGUUUUCACUACUUUUGGAUCCCUUUUAUCCUCUUUCGUUUUGGAUGUUAUUAUUUUACAUUAUCCCUUAAUUUCCCGUUUGAGUGUUAUUAAAUUACUUAAUUUUUAUUUUGGAGUUAUUAAUUUUUCUUUACAGAAAGUUUGUAUAUUACAGUUGUCUGAAAUAUAUUUUACCCGAUAAAUGGUAGGGAAUUAAUGAAA